UCUCUUUUUUCUGAAUAUCUGAAUUUUUUUCUUCUGUUCUUUCGACGGGGAAGCAUCCGUGAGAUGAUUUAUCGCACGAUUUUACCCGAUACGAUACUUUGUUAUCUUCCCACCUCCAUAUUUUUCGGACGCCUGGUACGUUCUAUACACACACAGUGACCUCGAGACACUCCGUUGCCUGGACGCUCAGGUUAUGUCAGGAACAGGUGCGCAACCGGAGCGCUUCUCCCCGUGAGGAACAUUGUGUGUAGAACAAACAGUCGCAAUUUGCGUGUAUUCGGCCUUUGUUAUCGGCGAGGGGGGGGCCAAGAAGGAACGUGGUUUGCGAACGACGACGACGACGACAGCGGAGGUAACGUCGUGACGCGCGAUCCUGGAUUGAGAUUAAACCAUAACCUUGACAAAUGUUGAACCGGUUGCCCCUUUUUCGUCCUUUCCAAGGAUGCGAGCUGGAACUAAACAUGAUUUCCUCGAGGCUGAUUGGACUUGUUGCUGUUUUCUGAAUACAAAUACUUUAUAAUGGGAGAACUUGCAGUGUGUUUCUGUGGGUCGAUAAGUGAACGCAGCUCCCCGAGGAUCUUUCCGUUCCUACCUUCGGUGACCGUCGACGCAAUCAUGUAGAGCAACGACGUAGAUAAGCAACGAUAUAUAAGGAAGAUGACGCCGCAUUUCACAGCCCUGACUCCGGUGCGGAGACGGUGCCUGAUCGUGCUGCUGCUCGUUCUGGUGCCGUUCGCGAUCCUGAACCUGCUGACACCGUCGGACAUGAGGGAGGAGACCCUCUUGCAGAACAGCAUCGCCGAGCUGCAGGCCAAGCUGGAGCAUCUCCAGGCGAAGUACGUCAGCAGCCAGGAGGAGAUCAGCCUGCUGUCGCAUCAGCUGCUGCAGCUGAUCGAGAGCAACCACAUCCUGCCGGAUCUCCAGCUGCUGAUCAACAACGGCACCUCCAACAUCACGAGCAUCAAGCUGCCGUCGAUCUACAACUUCCUGCCGCACUUCCUCAACGAUCCGAACAGCCUGCGCCCUGCGUUCAUGCAGAGCAAGGGUAAGUCCGGCGUCAGCAUGGUGCUGGGGGUGCCCACCGUGAAGCGUGAGGUCCAGUCUUACCUGAUGGCGACGCUGAGGAACCUGCUGGACCGCAUGAGCGCCUCGGAGAUCGCCGACACGCUGAUCAUAGUUAUGGUGGCCGAAACAGACAUGGACUACGUGACGUAUGUCGCGAAGCAAAUCGAAGUUCAAUUUCCGAGCGAAUGUGAAGCCGGCGUGAUCGAUGUGAUAUCACCGUCGUCGUCCUACUAUCCGGAUUUGUCCAAGUUGCGCGACACACUGGGCGACGAUCAUCAACGCGUCGUCUGGCGUUCGAAGCAAAACUUGGACUUCGCCUUUCUCAUGUCGUACGCCCAGACGAAAGGUACGUUCUACGUGCAGCUAGAGGACGACAUCUUGGCCAAGAAGAACUUCAUAACUACCAUGAAGUCCUUCGCGUUGCAGAAGAUCGGUACUAAGGAGAACUGGUUUGUUCUCGACUUCUGUCAGCUUGGUUUCAUCGGAAAACUGUUCAAGUGCGUGGAACUGCCAUGGCUGAUCCAGUUCUUCCUGAUGUUUCACAAUGACAAGCCCGUCGACUGGCUUUUGGAUCACUUGAUAUCCACCAAAGUCUGUAGUCUCGAUAAGGAUAGCAAACACUGCAAGAUGGCCAAAGCAGAACUAUGGGUGCAUUACAAACCCUCCCUUUUUCAACACAUAGGGACGCAUUCCUCGUUGAAGGGAAAAGUGCAGAAACUCAAAGACAAACAAUUCGGCAAGAUAACGCUGUUCUACGCCCACGAGAAUCCCGAGGCGACCGUGGAGACUCAGAUCAAGCCUUAUAAGCAGUAUACGCUGCAAAAAGCGUACAAAGGCGAGUCGUUCUUCUGGGGCUUGCUGCCGCAGCCGGGAGAUCACUUGAAGUUUAAAUUUUUGCAUCCUAUUUUUAUAAAGAAGUACUUAUUCAGGAGUGGAAAUGCCGAGCAUCCGUCUGACAGAUUCUACAACACGACGGUAGAAGUGUUGUCCGAUUUAUCGCCCUUGUUAGAUAGAAAUAGCAAUGACGUGACGGAGGACGGUUACGUCAUCGUAGGUAAGUUUGAUGUACUUGGCGUUGCCGAAGGAACGGUGGAUCGAAGGCUGGGUAGGAUAUCGGUGCUCCGCUUGACUAUACACAGCGAGAGCGAAAACUGGGCCAUCCUGUCCGAGAUUCACAUAGUAGAAGAUCAACCUAGCUGACUAAAGGAUGAAGAAUCUCGAGCGUUCUUUCGGUAUCACCUGCACGGUUAACGUAAGCGGACGAUUGUAUAAAUGUUUAUUAUUUUUAUAUUCCUUUUUUCCCCCUCUCGUCUCAUGCUGUGUCACGCACUGAAUGGACUGCGCUUGGUAUAGGAAUUAUUAGUUCAAUGCCGUCCAUUAUUCCAGGGAAGUGAAUUAUUUUGUUGUCAGAUCGCUCAGUUUGACUUCCCGUUCGGCCGUAGCCGUGUCCUUCGUGAUCUCGUUUCUUUUUUUUUUUCGGUUUCUCGCAAGCGUCCCGCAUUUCCGGCUCAUCUUUUCAGGGAGAAAAACCACCGUCGGAAGCGAAUUCACGAAGGAGACGUGAAAUCACGCCGAGACGGCCAAAUCGCGCGGAAAUGUCGAAUAUCACAGACAUUAAAAAUUUAGCCAACGAUUGUAAAGUAAACCGACAUUCUCUUCUUAUUGGGCGACCGAGUAUUUUAUAUUUUUGAAUAUACUUUUUCUCUUUAGUUUGUAUACGUUGCUCGCUGAGGUGCAGCUUCAAUGUUAAUACCUCGCUUCUAAACACUCAUAUUGCGGCGAGCAUUCGGUUUAACGGGUGUAGGUAAUACAGCGCGUUGUUGAGUAUCGAGAGACGAUUCAGCGUUGAUUUUUCCACUUCGCUUUUCGUAAGAUCGCGUCUCGUUUCGGGCAUUCGUUCAAACUGGAAUCGCACCCGCAUUGCGUUCGCAUCGUGUUUCGAUUCGCUCUCGUCACGGGUCUGCUCCGGGUCUUCUCGUGCUUAAAUCAUUCGCGAAACGUCUUCGGGGUCGAUACGGGCUCGUGUUUACACACACAUCUAAUACUAAAUGUAUUCGCGUCACCACGCAGUUACGUCUCAAAGUUAUUGAUCUUCACGACUGAGGGAGAUGUAGCAGUCGAAAUCAUGGGAAUUUGGCGUUAGAUAAAUGAAAUGUGAGUGACGAACAUGCGAAAACUUAACCAGAUAUAUGUGUAUAAAGUUCAUUUUCCCAUAAAAAAACCGAGUUUUGCGAUAUAUAUAUAUAUAUACACAUGUGUGUGUGUGUAUGUAUGUAUGUAUGUAUGUAUGUAUGUAUGUAUGUAUAAUUCACGUGACAUGUACAAUUUUUGUGAAUGUAUGUGUGUAGACAGUAAUUUAUUAUAUUAUAUUAAAUGUACGACGCGCGAGGGAGAGAGAGAGAGAGAGAGAAAGAGAGAGAGAGAGAGAGAGAGAGAGAGAAUGCGUCGAUAUGGAUGUUUGUUAACGCCCGCGAAAACGGUGAUCUGAGAAUUAUAUUCUUCUAUAAUGUA